CCCUUGACCACGUCAACACAAAGGAGAACUAUAAUGCAAAAAUAUGUAUCCCCCAACCAAAGUAUAAAAUAGAAAUGUGGCUUUGUGUUACCGCUGAAGGGUCAUUUACCAACAUAUACCCGCCAUACACUUCUAAGUAAUCUGAACGACUGUCAGCAGAAUUGAGCUCCGGCACAGGAAGGGUUACAGCCGAGCUCUCCAGGCCGGGGAUGAUGGGGGUCCCUGGCGGAGGCUCGGAUUACGCUGAGUCUUUCCUGCUCCAGGAAACCACAGAGUAUGUGGCAUUUGCCUCCCUCUUCUUUAUUCUGGUUUCCAUCACCACCUUCUGCCUAGAGACUCAUGAACGAUUUAACCCCAUUGUGAACAAAACAGAGACUGAAACCAUUGGGAAUGAAACCCAUCAACGGUUUUACCUUGCAUCAGAGACGGAAGCCUUCCUGACAUACAUUGAAGGAGUCUGUGUGGUCUGGUUUACAUUUGAGUUCCUGAUGAGGAUUACCUUCUGCCCGAAUAAGGUGGAAUUUGUAAAAAACACUUUGAACAUUAUUGACUUUGUGGCCAUUCUGCCUUUCUAUCUGGAGGUGGGACUCAGUGGCCUGUCUUCCAAAGCUGCAAAGGAUGUCUUGGGCUUUUUACGAGUUGUCCGUUUUGUGAGAAUUCUUCGAAUUUUUAAGCUCACCAGGCAUUUUGUUGGGCUAAGGGUUCUCGGACAUACGCUUCGUGCCAGCACAAAUGAAUUCCUGCUGCUCAUCAUAUUCUUGGCAUUGGGAGUUUUAAUUUUUGCCACAAUGAUCUAUUAUGCCGAGAGAAUAGGUGCUAAUCCCAAUGAUCCUAGUGCCAGUGAACAUACACACUUCAAAAAUAUCCCUAUCGGCUUCUGGUGGGCUGUAGUCACCAUGACCACACUUGGCUAUGGAGACAUGUAUCCUCAGACAUGGUCCGGCAUGCUGGUGGGAGCAUUGUGCGCUCUUGCCGGUGUGCUGACUAUUGCUAUGCCUGUACCUGUUAUUGUGAACAAUUUUGGAAUGUAUUAUUCCUUAGCUAUGGCUAAGCAGAAGCUACCAAAGAAAAAAAAGAAGCAUAUCCCCCGCCCUCCCCAACUGGGAUCCCCAAAUUAUUGUAAAUCUGUUGUAAAUUCUCCUCAUCACAGCACGCAGAGCGACACUUGCCCGCUCGCACAAGAAGAAAUUUUAGAAAUGAACAGAGCAGAUUCCAAACUGAAUGGAGAGGUGGCCAAAGCGGCAUUGGCAAAUGAAGACUGUCCCCACAUAGACCAGACAAUAACGCCCGAUGAGGGCCUGUCCUUUACGCAGUCUAGCACUAGAGAGAAAGGUGGACCCUACUUUCUCCUUUCACCUGAGGAAUAUCCAAGCCCGCCUGAUGGAGGAGUAAGAAAGGGCAUGUUUUUGCAAAGAGCAUCGUGUCAUUGCUAAAUAUGCAAACAGAGGCAGCCAUGGCAUCUUGGGCUGAUGUGCGGGAAAGAAGCGCCGCGUUGUACUCACCCGGACAGAACCUCUGCAUGUGGACAAACAUAUC